AUGAUUCCCGAAAAAGUCAGUCCGAAACAUGCACGUCACGUCAAACGUGCAACAAAUCCUACGCACGCAUUAUCUUUCCAGCAAAAUUAUGUUAUAUCGAUCGACCUACAAUGCUACCCAUACGUCAACGCGCACGCGCACGCAGCACUCAUCUCUUUCGCUUUCGCGACGCAUUUGCCUGCAGUACACAAGAGUACGCCAAAAAGGCGAAAUGGCGCGUCUGUUGCAAACAAUACAAGCGGGCGAUCGAUCGAUCGAUAUCUGGCAGUUUUGGGGACCGUCUCGUAA